AUGUCCGAUACUUCCAAACUGACAAUCGAGCGCAUCGAUGUGUUCCAGGUUGACCUUCCCUACAGCGGAGGCACGUAUCAACUGUCUGGCGGUCGAACCUACACCAGUUUUGAUGCUACCAUUGUUCGCAUCACCACCAACACCGGCCUUCAAGGCUGGGGCGAGAGCACGCCGUUUGGCUCUACUUGGGUCGCCGCCCAUGCUCGAGGCGCCCGAGCUGGUAUAGAGGAAAUUGCCCCCAAGCUCAUUGGGCUGGAUCCGCGCCGUGUGGACCGCAUCAAUGAGGCCAUGGACCAAGCACUCUCUGGGCAUUUGCAUGCCAAAGCGGCCAUAGACGUGGCGUGCUGGGACGUCUUUGGCAAGUCGGUCGGCCUGCCCGUGUGCGAACUGCUGGGCGGACGUACCGAGGUCGACCUGCCCCUUAUCUCCUCCAUCUACGUUGGGAGCCCUGGGGAUAUGAGGAGGCGAGUAGCAGAGCAUCGCGCCAGUGGCUAUAUCGGCCAUUCCAUUAAAUUAUCUGGCGAUGACCCUACCACAGAUGCCGCUCGUAUUGCCGAAUCCCUCGCUGAUAGGCAGGCCGGCGAGUAUUUCAUCGUCGACGCGAAUGGUGGGCUUACAGUCGAGUUUGCUAUGCGCAUGCUUCGCUUGCUCCCUCGAGGCCUCGACUUCGUACUUGAGGCGCCCUGCCUGACGUGGCGAGAGUGUGUCUCCCUGCGCCGCCGGACCGACAUCCCCAUCAUCUUCGAUGAGCUCGCUAUGGAUGAGAUCUCGGUGACCCAGCUCAUUGCUAAUGAUGCAGGCGAAGGCAUCGGCAUGAAGAUUAGCAAAACGGGUGGUUUGACACGAUGCCGCCGCCAACGCGAUCUUUGCCUAGCUGCGGGCCUGACGAUGAGUGUGCAGGAAACUACGGGAUCCGACAUCGCCUUUGCAGCUAUUGUCCACAUGGCUCAGACGGUACCGGAGCGCAGUCUCAGAUGUAUUUUGGAAUGCCGUGAUAUGAUAGCUGUGACCACUGCCACCGGCGAUUUCAAGGUUAAUGAGGGCAAGGUGAAAGCACCCAAGGCGCCUGGUUUGGGCAUCACACCUGAUCUAAAGGUACUAGGGGAGCCUGUUGCUACCUAUACUUAG